AUGAUCAGAGACGACCAUGAUGUCAACAGCUCUAAUGUGAAGCUGGUUACUCUCUUAAGUGACUGCGAAGCCACACUCCCAGUUGGAGGAAGGGUGCAGGUGCAGUCGUGGUUUCAGAUAAGCCUGUCUGGAGUUUCCCAAAGUAAACGUAAAGCGCUCAAGCUGAACUUCGCCAACCCGCCAGUGAAACCAACCUCCAGGCUCCCGCUCCAUCCAACGCCCCCGUCUUUCCAAAACCCUCACAUAGAGCGUCUGCGGACACACAGUAUCGAAUCGUCGGGGAAGCUGAAGAUCUCCCCUGAGCAGCAUUGCGACUUCACAGCGGAGGAUCUGAGAGACCUCGGGGAGAUUGGCCGCGGAGCGUACGGCUCCGUCAACAACAUGGUCCACAAACCCACAGGCCAGAUCAUGGCUGUCAAGAGGAUUCGCUCCACUGUGGAUGAGAAGGAGCAGAAGCAGCUGCUGAUGGAUCUCGACGUGGUGAUGAGGAGUAGUGACUGUCCCUACAUCGUUCAGUUCUACGGAGCUCUUUUCAGAGAGGGGGACUGUUGGAUUUGUAUGGAACUUAUGGCUACCUCAUUAGACAAAUUCUACAAAUAUGUUUAUUGUGCAUUAGAUGACGUCAUUCCAGAGGAAAUAUUAGGCAAAAUAACAUUAGCGACCGUUAAAGCACUGAACCACUUAAAAGAAAACUUGAAAAUAAUUCACAGAGACAUCAAACCUUCCAACAUUCUUAUGGACCGAAAGGGUAACAUCAAGCUGUGUGAUUUUGGCAUCAGUGGUCAGCUGGUCGACUCCAUAGCCAAGACCAGAGAUGCAGGCUGCAGGCCGUACAUGGCGCCUGAGAGGAUAGACCCCAGUGCUUCCAGACAAGGCUACGAUGUCCGCUCUGAUGUGUGGAGCUUGGGAAUCACCCUGUAUGAGUUGGCCACAGGAAGGUUUCCUUAUCCCAAGUGGAAUAGUGUUUUUGAUCAGCUGACACAAGUGGUGAAAGGAGAACCUCCUCAACUCAGCAACUCAGAGGAGAGACAGUUCUCGCCCAAGUUCACCAACUUCGUUAACCUAUGCCUUACAAAGGAUGAAUCAAAAAGGCCAAAGUACAAGGAGCUUCUGAAACACUCCUUCAUUCUGAUGUAUGAAGAGCGUUUCGUGGACGUCGCCAGUUACGUGUGUCGCAUCCUGGAUCAGAUCCCCACCUCUCCCAUCUCUCCUAUGUACGUGGACUGACUGUGUUAGGAUGGGGCGGGGCGGGGCACUAAGCUUUGUGAUGCUCGACAUCUUUGCCCUCAGAGUUACGCAGGAGCUCUGCCUGUUUUAUCCACACGUUCCAAAGAGCAACAGGAACUAAGUCCAAAUUGCCCGGUGCAAUAAGAUGAAUAUUGUUAAGCGAACACUUCCACCUCCCAUCACCUCCUUUAGUGUCAGUGAAAGCUGAAGCGUCAUCACACAUCUUCAGCCAGAAAAAAUUUACAUAACAUUGUCUUAGUGAAAUGCAGCACAUCUUUACGUGAUGAAAAAGGAGUAGAGUAUACAUAAAUGGUGUGUGUGUGUGUGUAUGUAUGAAUAUAUAUAUAUAUUUAUAUGUUUAUGUACACACACACACUUGAACUUUUACACAAAUACAGAAUUUACCAAAUAAAAAUGUUUAACAGUGACACUCACGACGUAUGAACAAAAUUAGCCGCCUGUUGGAUUGUACAUUGGGGACUGUAUGUAUGCAUAUGUGUGUUCACCUCUGAGUUGUUGACAUGUACAGAUGUAUGCUAAAUAGACCUCCUGUCAAAACACACACUUCUCACGCAGUUUGUUGUCGGCACCUGCGCUCGUGGUAAACGAAUGAGUGCGCGUAAGUGUUUGUCUCUGAAAGCUCAUGGAUAUACGGUGGCGUGGCUUUACUUUUUUUUUUUUCUUUGUUCAAUAUGCAAUCUGUGAGAGUUUGUCUGCAUCGGGACAACAUACGUCUCUCACAUCCACUGCUUACUCCAGCGGGUCCCUCUCAUAUGUUGUCAUUACAGUGGCAUCAGAGAGCUAAGCAUCUGCUUUUAUGAAAAAUCAUCUUGUGGCGGGCUGUCACGAACCCUGUUAGGUCAUUGAACAACACGCAACUUUAACCCGUUAAGUUGUGACUCCCAAAAAACUAUGGUGCACCACAGUCUUGAGUGGCAGCCAAAUAACGUUCAACACCAAUGGCUGCAACCUGAAAACCCUCAGCAGCAGAGGAUAUGAAAUUUGAAUUCCAUGUAUUAAAAGGUAGAGAUGGUCAUUUGUUUCUGAAACACUUUUUAUCUCAUUUGCUGAAAUCCUCUUCAUGUCCCGAUUACGUCCCCAUUCGGACCGAAUGAAAUGAUUCACUGGCGUAUCUGUCUGUCACUAACCAGAAGCUUCAGCCGGAGAGACACACACAGCUGAAACAGAGACGAUAGCCAGGAGUUAGCGAGCGUCACGGAGCAGUCGUCUUCCGGCAGUUGUCAGGCACUGCACGUUCACGUGUGUUGGAUGUGUAGAUUUGAUGAGAGGGCUGAUGGGACGGAGUGGGAUGUAUCGGUUGCAUUAUUUUCAAUCUGUCGCCUGCUCUUGCUGGCUUUUGAUUACCAGCCCUAGGUUGAUUGAAGGUAAAUUGAACUAACAGAUGUAGCCUGCUUAAUAUUUAAACAUCUAUUUUCUACUGCUAAUGUGGCUGCAUGAAGGUUGAACUGAUAGACGCUCUUUGUAAGCAAUGUGCUGAGACUGGAUAGAUCAUCUCUAUAGAAAAAGUCACCACCCUGUUGGUGUUGUUGAACUGUAAAAGUCCUUGUUGGCUGAUAAUAAUCUGCGAGUAUUUGUCGUCUUAACUGUCACAAGUAACAGUAAAAGUCAGUGGUAGCUAAAUAUGAGAGGCUGCCUUCCUUAAUGCUUUUCCAAAAAGAAAUUACUUGUGAAGAAUAAAAGCUGAAGACAUUAAUCAUCAGAGGUUUCUAAAUCUGGUUUCUUUGCUAAAGAGGAACUGGAUCAUUUAGUUAUUGGAAUUUGUACCCUAUUUGAAUAUUUUUGACAGUUUGAUGCGGCACAAGAAACCAUAGAAUAUUUGUGUGGCAAUAGGAAUGGAGUUGCAUCUUAAUUUAUUUUAAUUUGUUUUAAAUAAUCUGAAAAUACCAUUAAACCCUGCAUGAGUGUUGUUAAAUGACCUUUAAUCAGCACUUUGUCUUGCUGAAAAAAAAGAUACAAAUUUCUCAAAUGCAAUAAUUAGCAUAAUAGAUGAGAGACACAAACUGGAGCUAAGCCGAUGCUACUUUGCCUGAUGUCAAGUUACUUUAGGACACGAUGUCCCUCAGUGUAAAUGUGUAUGCAUAUAGUGCAUCUAAUCUGCUGUUCCUGGCAGGUUCUGCUCGACAGCUGAGGCUCAUUUCCUGAACGCAGAGAUGGUCAGAUCAAACAGUGAGGUGAUUCGGCUGCUGGGUGCAGAGAGAAAGCGCGUCCGGCGUGCUACAGUUUGAGAAUGAGCCUUAACGCUCCUCAGUAGCCUGUCAUAGCACUGUACAGUUAAACUGCUCAUCCACACUGAUCACAGAUCCACCGCGCUGCCGUGCAGAAGGCAAACAGCAGUAACUACACUUGUAGAAGAGGUUUCCUGUUGAGAUGCUGCUAAAUGACAAAAUGUCCACCUACCACACAACUUCCAGGAGAGAACGGCAGCUCCCUGGAUAGUUGCUGCUCUUUGACCCGAAAGGUCACCAUGAACUCAGCAUGUUCCACCAUGACUCGGCAUGUCUCUCUGGCUUGCACUGAUGAUUCACCAUGAGUAAUACAUGGGAAGCAUCUCCAUAAUCUAAAAACACCAUCACCUGUCUUCCUCUGGUGCUUAAAUACUAAAGUGUACCAACUGGGCUGUAGCUCAAAGAGAAGCUGCAAAUUUCAGAAUAAGGCGAUCCACCCUCUGUUAUUCCCUCACUCACGUCUACCUGCAGGGUCUGUAUGGAUGAUAAUCCUUCACAAUGGGACGCUGUAGAGACUUGUAAUAAAUGAUUUACAUUUUCUUUAUUAUGAACAAAUCCCAUGGAUAUAACUUUGAAUACAACCAGCCUUAUCCUUUAAUCUUGCAAAUACUAAUAAUGUACAUUUAAUGUGAUACAGCCUGUAUGAUAAUAAGUCAAGAGUGUACAGUAACUUAAGUCAAUGGUUGACUGUGUGUCAUGACUCAGGAUCAGUUGGAUGAUAUGUCAUGAGUCUGUUGAAAUAUUGUUACUGUUACUCUUUUGGUUUAAUGUGGAAAAAUGAAUUUCAAACCUGAUCGGUGUUGGUCAUGCUUUUAUUGCAUUUUUGGUAUUUCUCUUCAUUAUAGGCUUGUUUACAUUAAGUCUCACUACAUUAAAAGAAGUGUCAUACCUAAAGGGACACUCCAGUGAUUUUAAUAUUGUAUUUAAAUAAAGUUGGGAGUCUUGCACAGAGAGAAUAAAAAGGAGCCUGAGACAAUCUGCUAAAACACUCCUUUGUACGGCCUGAAUACAAAGGAGUGUAGAAGUCAUCAGGGUUAUUUCCUUUUCUUUUCAGCAGGCAGAAAUAAAACUUUGCUUUAUGUGUAAAAUCAGUGGAGUCUCCCGUAAAAUAUUAAUUGAUAGGUCUCUACAGUUGUCAGCCAUAUUGGAAAAUAUGAGUGUUCACCCAACUAUAUUAAAGAGUGUCAUCUCUGUUUGAAAUCAGGACCUUACGUUCAGAUUUUGUAAUGCUUUCACUCAAAACCCUGCGCUCUCACUCAAAUAGCCCCUGCAUGUGCUUAGAUUUCCCGAAUAGGCAGUUACUUAAACUGGUUCAUGCACUCCUGCUCAGGGCUCUUUAAGAAGUGAAGCUAAUGCACCUGCAACGAGGGCGGGACAGUUCAAUUUGUCAACACUUCACCUGGCCUGUUGCACAAACUAUAAUAUAAUAUAAGAGCUGAAGCUGGAGCACAGGAAAUCUGUCCGAGCAACAAAAUAUCUGAGGGCAAGAACGCAGUUUGAACACAAGCAGGGCAAAUUUGAGUGCAAGUGCAAGGUUGAGUGAAAGCAUUACAAAAUCGGAACUU